UCGUCAAAACGCUAACCGUAUUUCGUAAUGCUUCCCAGAUCUCCCUCAGAUCCAAUGCCGGCCUUGUCUUAAUUGUUGAUGUAGAGGGAGAAGGAUUGAUUAUUAUCAAUUAGAUUGACGGAAAGUUGUUCAGUUUCGAUUUUGAUUUAAAAAAUGUCGGCAAUAAAGACCCCGUCGCCGAGCCGAUUUUUCACGAUCGGGCUUGUAACGUCGUGGUACUCAUCCAACAUUGGGGUUUUGUUGCUCAACAAGUACUUGCUCAGCAAUUAUGGUUUCAAGUAUCCGAUCUUCCUCACUAUGUGUCACAUGACUGCUUGUGCUUUGCUAAGCUACAUCGCAAUCGCAUGGCUGAAGAUGGUUCCUAUGCAGACGAUCCGAUCACGUGUCCAAUUCUUUAAGAUCUCUGCUCUGAGUUUUAUUUUCUGUGGGUCGGUUGUAAGUGGUAAUAUAUCGCUCAGGUAUUUGCCAGUGUCGUUUAAUCAGGCGAUUGGGGCUACGACGCCAUUUUUCACGGCGGUGUUUGCUUAUCUGAUGACUUUGAAGAAGGAGGCUUGGCUUACUUAUAUCACCCUAAUUCCUGUCGUGACUGGUGUUAUUAUCGCUAGUGGGGGCGAGCCUAGUUUUCAUCUCUUCGGGUUUAUAAUGUGUAUUGGUGCUACUGCUGCAAGAGCACUAAAAACGGUGGUUCAAGGGAUAUUGCUUUCUUCUGAAGGGGAGAAGCUGAACUCUAUGAAUCUCCUUCUGUACAUGGCUCCUAUUGCUGUUGUACUUCUGCUUCCUGCAACACUAUACAUGGAAGAGAAUGUCGUUGGCAUCACGAUAGCACUUGCUAGACAAGAUUUUGGGAUUGUGUGGUUGUUGCUUUUCAACUCUGCACUUGCGUAUUUUGUGAAUUUGACCAACUUUUUGGUCACAAAACACACCAGCGCCCUUACACUUCAGGUGCUGGGAAAUGCAAAGGGAGCAGUAGCAGUUGUGGUUUCGAUACUCAUCUUUAGAAAUCCGGUUUCUGUAACUGGGAUGGCUGGAUACACCCUCACCGUCAUCGGAGUCAUUCUUUACAGUGAAGCAAAGAAGCGUAGCACCAAAUGAGAGAGAGAGAGAGAGAGCCUUAAUUUAAUUAUCAAAGCUUAGAUGAUCCUCUUAAGCCAGGUUAGAAUUUAGGUGCAGGUGCUGCUGCCUGCUGUCCUUCAAAUUCAUUUUCUUCUUAAAUUUAAGCUUUUGGGGGCAGCUAGCUUCACACUUGUAACGGCAAUAUGAAAAAAAUCC